AUGGUGCGCGUUGGAAAGCUGCCGAUGCCGAAGCGGAAGAGCCUCCUCGGCUUCUUUCAAAAGGGAGAGCGCCGACAACGCGACCGCCUCGACGAGCAGAUCCUGGCGCUCGCCCAGCAGCAGAACACGCUCGAACUGAUCGCCAAGCGCUCCAACAACCCGAACGUGACCGACCUCGAGGAGUUCUACGACGCCGAGGAGGAGUUCAUCAAGAGCACCCCUCGACGCCGCGAUGAAGAUCUGGUGAUAGCCGGCGGAUCUCCCGAGGCCUCGACCUCGCAAAUGGCCCGCUUGAAGACGUCGUUUGAGUGGGACGCCGCCAACGCGAAGAAGGUCGAGAUCGAGGAGAAGCAGCGGGUUCGGCGACGCCAGGCCGAGGUGGAGGCGGCGCGGGUGGCGAAGGAAGGUAAAGAGGUGCCGGAGGUGAAGCCGCUCUGGUUCGAUAAGUUGCUUGAUCCGGACACGAAGCUCCCGGUUUAUAUCUCGAACGGCGACUACUGGAAGUGCAAAGAUCGCCAGGACUGGAGCCGCUGCCCCGACCUCUUU